UAUUGCCUGUGUCAGAGUAUUUCAGAACAGAGGCCAGCAUUUAGCCAUUCUGCAUGAAAGCCGUACACACACUUGUCUGCUCAAGUCCACUCUUAACUUGUGGAUUUAGGAGGAUAUUUCUGUGUUUCCUGCGGAUCCGAGGACCACGAUUUGAUUUCCUUUCUUUAUUCUUGCUGAAACUGUGCGUCGCGAGGACACUUUUACGCACAGUUUGCACUCACAAGGACAAUGCCUCGAUCCUUCUUAGUCAAAAAGUACUUCGCUAAACAAAAGCCAAACUACAGUGAACUGGAAUGUCAGAAUGACACUUUACUGGAGAGGUAUCCUCUUGCUGAGCUCUCAUCAGGAGACAACACCUCCACUGCCACCUGCUUCACAACAGGUCUGGUGUGGGACCUGAGCGUCUUGCCCGCCCUCUACCUGCCCACCUCCCAAACAGAGCCCUCUGCCACACCGGGCCCCCUGGACCUCAGCUCCCCAUCCAGCCUCAGCAGCAGCGCCAGCAGUUGUGGAGAGGAGGAUGAAGGACGCACCUCAGACCCCCCCAGCCCCGAACCUGUACACACAUAUGCCCCUCGCCAGCGGAUGAAAUGCACCGGCGUUAUGCCUCACAUCAGUCCCCCUGAGGAGGAGGAGGAGGAGGAGAGAGAGGCCCCCGUCACAGCAGCCAGGCCAGCCUUCCUAUGCAAACACUGCCCCAAAGAGUACACCAGCCUUGGGGCUCUGAAGAUGCACAUCCGCUCACACACCCUGCCCUGUGUGUGUACCACCUGUGGAAAGGCUUUCUCCAGGCCGUGGCUGCUGCGCGGCCACAUUCGCACACACACAGGUGAGCGGCCAUUCUCCUGCCCCCACUGUAACCGGGCCUUCGCUGACCGCUCCAACCUGCGGGCUCAUCUGCAGACCCACGCCGAGGUGAAGAAGUACCAGUGUGGCAUCUGCUCUCGCACCUUCAGUCGCAUGUCGUUACUGCAGAAACACAGCUCCUCGGGGUGCUGCUCCACCACGGCGUGAAACAGCACAAAGAGAGACAGAGGGGACCCGCUCAGGGCAGUGGAGGGCUAGUGGCCACGGAGAUGGAGGUCUACACAAGCCAAGCCGGCCUGUUGAUAACCUGUAAGGCCACAAAGAGCUCGAAAUGGCCUGCUUUAAGAAACCUGGAGGGAAUCAAGCCUCAUUAUUGGAUCUGACUUUACAAGCAUUUUAGCUUCUCUGCUCUGUGAAAAAAACAUCUGAGGAGCAGAUUUUUUUCUUCCAGUCUAGUUUGAGGUCUUGAGGCUGGAUCAAAUCUGAACAGUACAAUGCCGUCAAUCACUUGAUAUCAGCCCCUUUGUUGCUUUUGUGUCCAUUCCAAAGACCAAAUAUGUAGUGAACUCAUUGGGUUAAGAGGUGUUCUUUCCUGUCUCUGUCCUGGUGCCGGCCAGCUCAGGAUCAUGGCCUAGACACAGCUGCUGAGAGGUAGGGGUGCGUGGGUGGAAUAAAUCUCUCAGCGUGGCUCAAAACACACACACCACACACACACACACACACACACACACACACACACACACACACACACACACACACACACACACACACACACAAAAGCAAAUGCAUACACAGCUGUCCCUGGUACUGUGGCGUAGAUAGACGAGGUGCUAACAGGUGCUACAGCCAUGACCUUCACUAGUUGAUAGCAGGUGACUUCCACUGCCCUUGGUUUGCUUAAGAAAAAAGAGGAAGCAUGUCAUCACAAAAGAAUGGCAUCAGUUAGUCUUUUCACCAGUGGGGAUCAUUUUAAGCCUCUAUUUUGACUACAUCCAAACCUUCUCUUUAAUCUGAUGAUUUAUAGAGAUAAGAAAAGCCUUUCUGUCUGUUAUGUUCCAAAGAAGCCUCACUUUGCAGCACCACUGCAAGGUUGAUGACAACGCAAGCCAUGCACUCAAGGUUACCACAGUGUUAAUAAUGACAGCCAAAGCCAUAUUUUGUAACUUAAAUGAAUUCGUGCCUUGAAAUUUUAUUACUUUUGAAACCAAAAAUGUGCCUCUUUUACCUCAGUUAGUAUUUGUGGAUUUAAAAUAAGCAGUGAUUGCAGUAUUAGUAGAAACUAUUGCCAAACAAUUUGAAAAACAAGAAGGAUGGGACCAAAGAUUUUUAAGGUUUACGCCAUGGAGACAUGGUUGCCUAUCGUGUGAUCAGAACCCUGUAAAUGGACAGUACAAAGAUGAAUUUGUAACUUUCCUAAACAUUUUAUGGCAGUGUUUAUAGUGCAAUGAUGACGAUGUGUUAUUUCAAUUUUAUACCAUGCUUGUGUGUUCACUUGUAUUUCUUGUAUGUUGUAACUGAUACAUUUUCAUUCAAUAAAGUAAUUUAUGUUUAUUAAAA